AUGCUCAUGAAAUCCACGCUCGCUCUCGCCUUUGCGGCAACCGGUGUCCUUGCUGUUCCGCAAAGAGUUGCUGGGUGCAAUGAGGACAACUGCUUGAGAGCUCUCCUCAACCCUACGCGAACAGGUGCAGCGGAUUGCUCAAGCUACCUGUUGACCACAGUCACACCAGCCGCUGUCACUGUUACUGCAACCGCGUCCGCAACCGCCUCUGCCACCACGACAACAUCCACGGCUGUUACGCUCACAGGUACUUUGUCGUCGACAAUCUCAACCAUCACGAGCAUCACCGUCACUGACACCGCGACUGCAACUGCCACUGUAUCUUCAACCGUCACAGUCUUGAAGAAGCGAGGUUCUUUCGUUAUCGCAGAGCCUCGAGGCGCUGGCGACUUCGCCAAGAGACAAGUCACCGUCGUACCAACCUCCCUCCCCGCUUACGCUACACCAUGUUCCGGUGUCGUUCGAUUCUCCUCAGCUUGUUCAUGCUUGGGUGUAACUGCCCGUACCGUCACGGCGUCUGUCCCAACUAGCACCGUCACUGUCACAAGCACUGCAACUGCUGUCUCCACCGUUGUCGCCGUCUCAACUUCCUUGACCACCAUCGUUGAGCUCACAACCUUGGUCUCAACCGUCACCGAAUCCACCGCCGUAACAACCACCACCACCUCCUCCGCCGUUGCAACCUCAUCUUUGUCAUCAUGCUUCAAGCUCCAAGCCCAAGGCGGAACCUUCAACGGCCAAUACGCCGUUGUAACCUUCAUCGAUGACGGCAGUUUCCUCCAAAACUACGUCUACGUCUUCAACUCCGACAUCAGCGCCGCUACCCCAUUGUCCCUCACUUCCCAGGGAUAUCUCAGCACCGGAACUGUAUUCGGUAACACCGAUACCUCCGAUGCUUACGACGGAGCCAUCUUCUACUACAACAGCGCCGCCGACAUCGCGUCCCAGGGUCUCACCUACAACGUUUGCAGACUCGGUGCUGAUCGCACUCUUCUCUGCACUAACCAGAGAUUCACAAUCUGGCAGACUUGCCAGAACCUGAUCGGUUUUGGAUCUGGUGUUGUGUUCGGAGAUGCUGUCUUUGAUACUUGCACUGCCUUUACUUUCAAGGCUGUUGGAUGUUAG